AUGUUCUUCCUUCUCAUCAACACCAUCUUGAUGACCAUAGGGGUACACUAUGGCUUGGGCCAGAAUCUAACGGAUAUUUUGCGAGAUGACCCCGACCAUCUACCACUCUCACUACUCUACGAAGCUGCUAGCCAAACGUUUGCGAUAAUAGCCAUGAGUAUCGCAAAGUGGUCUUUGGGCCUCUUUCUAUUACGACUCGUCAAGGAGAAAUGGCACAAGAUUGCUAUCUGGUGCAUGAUGGCUUGUCUCAUGUCAGCUUCCAUUUCAGUGUGUUUUGUCUAUUGGCUUCAGUGCACUCCACCGCAAUACCUUUGGAACCGCAAGAUACCAGGUCGUUGUCAUAUAGAUACGGCUCCUGCAUCUAUGCUACUUUGUGUCCUGUGUGUUGUGGCCGACUUCUUCUUUGCUGGUUUCCCUUGGCUGUUUAUCCUCGGCUUACAGAUGAAGAUGAAAGAGAAGAUGGUGAUUCUCUUGAGUCUCAGCCUGGGCGUUAUUGCCGGAGCAUUUGGAAUUAAGCGCACACUCGAGGUUCCCAAGCUUAAAAAGGAUCCGAUGGGAUUGAUUGUCUGGUCAGCCGCUGAGCUCACUGUAACAAUGAUUUGCAUUGCCAUUCCUGUCUGCCGGCCUCUAUACAAGAAAUGUUUUACGAAAUGGACUUCUCGAGGAUCCAGCAACUACCCUAACUCCGGGGCGUCAUAUCCUCUGCAGACGAUAGGCGGAGGUGUACAUCCAGCUAAGAGGGUAGACAGGAACGGUAGCGGCAGUACGGCGGGUACUCACGAACAUAUCGAAGACCACGAGCGAAAGAUUGGCAUGAAUGGUCCGUUCACAAGAACGAGGGUUUAUCCUAAAAGCGAUGCAAGACGUCUUGGAGACGACCAGAGUGAAGAGGAGAUUCUUGGGCCAGAGUUUCGGAGAAGUCAGAUUAUGGAUCUCGAGGCACAAAAUGGCGAGACUAGGUUGACGCACCAUACUACCAAUUCUGAGAGAAGUAUAUAG